GGCGACGACGACGACUGCACGCUUCUUUCGUGCGCCGCGGACUGUUGCGCGUUGCGACGCGCUACAAGCCGACCGCCAUGUUAACAGGUAGAUCGUUACGAAGCAAAGUGUUACAAGCGUGACUCGAUGUGUAGAAAAUCAACAACUCGGCGUAUCCGUGGCAACCUGACGAAUCAAAGAGCACGUUUCAGCAAAGACAACCGUAUAGGAAUACAUAGUAAUUGGACGAUUGGCAUUCGCCCUCGGAGAUCGGACAAAUCCGGUUCGAUUGCUGCGCUCAACUGUUGUCUCCGCCGAACGCAUAGAACGACGAAGGCAAACCGCAAACGAUUUACAGUGCAAUCUUCGGAUCCCCGCAUUCGUUAUCAUGGGCAACGAGGAGGUAGAUAUAAUUAGCGUGGCGCAGAAACCCGAGAAGAAAACCUCUCUGUUGGAGAGGUACAACAUACCGCUCGAGUAUCUCUCGUACGAAUUCAUAUCGGGAUGUAACGAUGGAAAAACACUGGAGCGAAUUGUUCUCAUAUUACGUUCUGGCGAAGAAGGUGUAUAUCCAGAUUUGACAAAGCACGCGGAGAAACGUCUUAUUAGCAUUAAGCCGACAAGCGCUGUUUUGAGAAAAGCGGAGCCAGUUUUGAGACGAAAUAUGUUGAAUGCGGAUGAACGGCAGGAAAUCGACGACGAUAUCAGCAAUUGGACGUGCGAGAUGCAAUCUCGCGAGAAGGAUUUAGACAAAGGCAAAACCGUCCUUAACAACGAUUCCUCCGCACAACCGAACAUUCGAGAGAUUAAAGUGGAUAUUGACAAAAAGACGAAGAACAACGAGAAAAAGCAGCCCAAUAAACGAAUAUCUUCGUGUGAUUACGCGGCUUGGGAUAAAUACGACGUCGAUACGGAAAUAAACAGGAUAGACCUACAGGACGAGCAGCGACAAGCCGAAAUGAAGAGAAUCCAAGAACGGCAAAAGGAGCUGAAGAAAAUGAAUAGAAUGACGCAUAAAGCGACCGUCAAUAAAUCUUCGUUAACCGGCACGGAAAUAAACGUAAUAGCAGAGCAAGAGAGAGAAAAAGGGAACGAAGCCUUCAAAGCAGCUGAUUACGAAGAAGCCCUUCGACAUUACAACGCUAGUAUCGAAAUCGAAUCGAAUCUGAAUGCUUACAACAAUCGCGCAAUGACAUUUAUAAAGUUGAAACGUUACGAGAAGGCGCUUAACGACUGCAACACGGUGCUUACCAUGGAUUACAAAAAUGUCAAAGCGCUACUUCGCCGAGCGUUAUCCUUGGAGCAUCUCGAGAAGGCAUACGAGGCCUUGGCAGAUUAUGAAGCGGUUUUAAAACUGGAGCCGACUAACAAAACGGCGAUUUCCGGCGUAAACAAGCUGAGAAAACCAUGUGAAAAAUCGAGAAAAAUAAGGAUGAACAUCGAAGAAGAAGAAAAUAUCAGUGUCGACGAAGGCAAGGCCAAGCGAGAAGUGAAGUCGGAGAUGCGAACUGUGGAAACGAACGGCAUCAAGUGUCCGAAACAGCGUGUUAACAACGAUAUAUGUUAUUGCGACAGAGCGCCAGGCCCGUCACAAAGUGUUGCGACGAAGCCGCACUUAAAAGCGAGUUAUUGCGUGGAAACCGACAGUAACAAAGCUGCAGCGGUAAAUAAAAGCAGCGGGAAAACAACGCGCGGCAAUAAAUUAUCACCUGUUGCGAAGGAUUUCGGCAGUGGAAAUAAAACGCCAAAAUCGUAUCUCGAAGACGCUUUCAGGAGUGACGAUAUUUUUACGAUAGCCCGCGAGUCAUUUCACAAACAACGCGGCGCAGAAGGUAGACUGGAAAAGUCUAUUUUUUCGUGCAUCUCUUCUAAUAAAAUAAAACCCUCCACUGUUAUCAUCGAAGAACUUUCGAGCGACGAAGUGAGCGAGAUGCCGAAGAAAAUUAUCAAGCCUGACGAGAAGAAGAGCGAAGCGAAGAAGAAAACGAGUCUGAUAGAAGAGAAAAGUACAUCGACAAAGAAAUCGUGUGUAAAUAAAACCAAGGAAUUAAUCUCUCUUGGGAAAGAAAGUAGAACUAAAACGAAUUUAACGCCGAAUAAAAUUCAGAUAGUUAACGAAUGUGAGAAGCCGAGAAAAAGUACCGACACUAGCGAAACAAGAAUGGAAAUAAAGAAAAAAACGACGCCCAAGGAAGAGAAAGAUACGCUAAUGAAAAGAUCAGAUUUAGAUAAGAAUAAAAAAAGUUCGCUUGAAAACGAAAGCAAGAUUAAAAGGAGCGUAACACCGAGCAAAAUUAUGUUUAAUGAGUAUCAGAAAGACAGCGAAAACCUAGAGGAAUUUCAAAAAUUGGAAAACGUUGAAUCACCUUAUGAAUUCUUACGUCUAUGGCUAUCCCUGAAGGAUGAUUCUAAUUUACAAUUACAUGCGAAACUUUUAAGAUGUAUAGCAUACAAGGACAUAAAUAAAAUUAUAGGCAACAAAUUGGAUGCGACAAUGUUGAGUCUCAUUUUGCAUUGCUGCGAGCAACAAUUCUGCACCCCAAAAGACACAGAGCUACUCACACAUCUACUAUAUUCUUUAAGUCAAUUAAAAAGAUUUUCUAUCAUUUGCAUGUUUAUGGAUUCCAAUGAUAAAAAAGUUAUGGAAAAUAUAUUACGCUUUCUGGAAAAGGAGAAUUCACCUAAAGUCUCACAGUUACGUCAGAUUUAUACUUGAAGACUACUUAUUGCGCACUACUUAUUAGUUAGUAUAAUCGAAUAUGUAU